GAAAAGUCCGGCGAGCCUUGGCAACUGUGUAGGCUAAACUUGCUGACUUGCUGUCAUUGUCAAGACCUAACCUAUAUAAACAAACGAGAGCAAAAUGCCCCCUUUCAGCGUCUUCAAGCCCCGUUUGUGCGUGAUUUUGCUGGUUAUACAGCACGCUGUCCACGUUAAACCUUCGAACGUAUCCGGCAAUAACAGCCCAGACUGCCCGAGUGAGAAAGUCAACAAAUAUUCCAAAGAAGCAAACAGCAAGUAUCUGAAGUAUCUGAACCUGAUUGCGGACGCCCAGCGCGACUACAAGCCCUGCAACCGGGACCGAUGUGGCUGCCAUGCCUCCGUUAUCUCGCAGGACCUGAAAAUGUUCAAGGAAAAGGGGAUUUCCGCCAGUAGCAUCCAGUCGGUGAAGGCAAAGGGCACGAAAUACCAAGUAAUCAACCACAAAGUGUAUCGCGAGCAAAACUGCAUGUUUCCCAGCAGGUGCUCGGGCAUCGAGCACUUUCUACUCGAAGCUGCGCCAGGGCUGCCAGACCUGGAGCUCAUUAUCAACACUAGGGAUUGGCCGCAAAUCCCCAAAAACUACGGCUUUUUCGGUCCAGUGUUUUCCUUCAGCAAAACGAGCGAGUACAACGACAUCAUGUACCCGGCCUGGGCCUUCUGGGAAGGGGGCCCGGCCAUCAGCCUCUACCCAAGGGGAAUUGGACGUUGGGAUGUGCACAGGAAGGAACUGGGAAAGCUGGGCAACUCGUCCAAGUGGGAGGAAAAAAUCCCCAAAGCCUUCUUCAGAGGGUCCAGAACUUGCUCGGAACGGGACGCUUUGAUCUUGCUAUCCCGCGAGAAGCCGGAACUGGCGGACGCCCAGUACACAAAGAAUCAGGCAUGGAAGUCAGAGGCGGACACUCUUCAUGUGGCGCCAGCCCAAGAAGUCUCCUUCGAAGAACACUGCCAGUACAAGUACCUAUUCAACUUCCGCGGAGUGGCUGCAAGUUUUCGCCUCAAACACAUUCUCCUUUGUAAAUCUGUGGUGUUUCACGUGGGUAAUGAGUGGCAGGAGUUCUUCUAUCCAGCUUUGAAGCCCUGGAUUCAUUACAUUCCAGUCGAUUCCAGCGCUUCCAAGGAGCAAUUGCAGGAGCUGAUUGAGUUUGCUUCGCACCAUGACGAUGUGGUUAGGGAAAUAGCGGAGAAUGGCUACAAAAUGAUCUGGAACCAUCUGCGAAUGAAGGACGUUUCGUGCUACUGGCGGAAGCUGCUGAAGAAGUACGCAAGUCUGCAGACUUUUAAGCCAUCAAGGGAUGAAAUGCUGGUGGAAAUUAAGGGGUAGAUUGUCAAGGUGUUAUUUUCUCUUGGUUUAUUUCUUGCAUUUCCUGGGUGUGUUUAUCAGUGGGCUUUAGCCUGGAUCAAUUCAGUUGUUCCUGCUGGUUCUAAAAAUCCACACAUUUGGCCAUUGGAGUCAAACCAAGAUCCUGGAUUGUUCCAAAUCGACUGUUUUGGUUUGCUGCAUUCUGCUUCCAAUGAAGGAGGAAAAGUUACAUUUUCUAGUGGUUUUUUCCAGUUAAGGUUUGGGGUAGUUGAUUUUUCAUCAUUUUCUUCCAUUUCUGCUCCUUUUAGCAGAUGAAUCUACUAAAUAAUGACAAUAACAAUAUCUACUACAAUGUGUCUAAAUAAGUGACAAUAAAAUCUAGUUGUAAGCGUAUAUUUACUGUACAGUGUGUCCGCAAAUGAGGCCAAAGGUUUUUGCAACACUCUGAGUGGUAAAUCUGUUUGUUAUUAUGUAAAAAGCCGCUAGUCCUGGUAUAUUGGAAACUAAGCGAUUGGUGGGCGAUAUUUAUAAUAGAGACAAAAGUCCGCUUGUUGGUCAAAGUGUAGCAGCCGAAAUGUAAAGGCCAGUUUUCGGACAGUCUGUAUAUGAAUAGAGCAAAUAAUUCCCGGUAAAAUGCAGCUGUUUUCAACUGGGGGAAUCAUUCGCCUAUUCUGUUAUAUUAGUCGUACUAAGUUAAGAAUAUUCCUUGAUUGAUAGCCAUUGAUUUAGGCCUAUUUUAAGCGAAUCUCACUGUUUUUAAUAAAAAAUAAAGAAAAUACAAAAAAUGGUUGUCGAGUCUCCAAAACGCGACAAACCUGAUGAAAGAACAACGCCGCUUCUGUAUUUGUGAACUGUUAUAUAUUUUUCAUAAAACCUCGCUUUUCUGCCUGCUAAACGCCAAGAAAGCCAGGAAAGAACAGCGCAGCUUCUGUAUUUGUAAAUUGUUAUAUAUUCUUUUAUAAAACCUCA